GGUGGGAUGAGCGCGAGCGGCGGCGCGCGCUGCGUGUGUGGCUCAGCCCUUCCCCUCCAGCGGGCGGGGGAGCUGCCGCGGCUCACGGAGGAGGCAGCAGCGGUAGCGGCAGCAGCGGCGGGUCGUGCCCAGCUGGGGGCUCGCCGCGGGAGGCAGGCAGGCAGGCAAGGAGGCUCCAUGCAGGCGGGCAGCCCUCGGAUUAUUGUAAACCAGAUGCCCUUUGUGGAUAAAAGAUGUAUCAUGGAAUGAACCCGAGCAGCGGGGAUCCAUUCCUAGAGAAGCAGCAGCAGCAGUCCCCAGCCCCCCGGAGACUCUUCGUGGUGGUCUUGUGGCUUCAGCUGGCGCUGUGCUUCGGCCCUGCACAGAUCACAGGCGGAUUUGAUGACCCCCAUGCUUGUGUUGAUCCUGGAGUCCCUGAACAUGGAUACAAGACACCAAGUGCAGGUGUUUUCUUUGAAAGUGCUGUAGUCCGGCUUCACUGUCAAGAAGGAUACAGGCUUAAGGGUCCUUCGAAAAAGAUUUGUGUGAGACAUUUUAAUGGCUCCUUGAGCUGGAAACCACGCGAUAAACCUGUGUGCCUACAAGAAGUCACAGAUUGCCUUGCUCCACAUGUUGAAGAUGCAGAGGUUCAUAACAAGACAUACAGGACUGGAGAUAAGUUAAUAAUCAGUUGUCAUGAAGGAUUCCAAAUCCGUUACCCUGACUUAGACAACAUGGUUUCAAUAUGUCAAGAUGAUGGAAUGUGGGAUAAUCUGCCCAUUUGUCAAGGUUGCCUGAGGCCAUUGCUUCUUCCUCAUAGUUACAUUAACAUAUCUGAGUUCGAGUCCUCCUUCCCAGUAGGAACAGUGGUAUAUUAUCAGUGCUUUCCUGGAUAUAAACUAAAGGGGACAAAGUUCCUUGAGUGCAUGUAUAACCUUAUCUGGUCACAUAGCUCACCUAGGUGCCUUGAUGUGGAAGUUUGUCCACUACCUCCAAUGGUGAUUCAUGGAGAUUAUAUUUGCCAUCCGCGGCCUUGUGAGCGUUAUAACCAUGGAACUGUGGUUGAAUUCUAUUGUGAUCCUGGUUACACCCUUACCAAUGACUACAAAUACAUCACCUGCCAAAAAGGAGAAUGGUUUCCCUCAGCUCAAGUAUACUGUGUCAAAACAGAGCAAACUUGGCCAAAUACACAGGAAACCCUCCUGACUACGUGGAAAAUAGUGGCAUUUACUGCCACCAGUGUUCUACUGGUACUUCUAUUGGUUAUUCUAGCCAGGAUGUUCCAGACCAAAUUUAAGACACAUUUUCUUCCAAGAGGUGCCCAGGAGAGUUCCACCAGCGACCCCGACUUCGUGGUAGUGGAUGGUGUUCCUGUCAUGCUGCCUUCCUAUGAUGAAGCUGUGAGCAGUGGUUUGAAUGCCUUGGCACCAGGAUACUCAUCUCCUGCAGGCCAGGGGCAUGUUUUGCAGACAGAAGAUCAGAACCCUCCAGCUUAUCCCGGCCCAGGAGAUACAGACACAUUACCUGCUGAAUUUGAGAGCUGUGAUAGCAUAUCAGGCUCCUCUGAACUUCUCCAAAGUUUAUAUUCAUCUUCUGUGUGCCAAAUGGGCGUGCAUCCUAUUUCAGAUAGAACUGAGGUGAUCAAUAGCACCACUGGGGAGGCUGCAUCCACAAGCCCAAGUAUCGAUAUUGCAGAUGAAAUUCCAUUGAUGGAAGAAGACCCUUAACCAGCACAAAAUUUGUUCAUUAUAUGAUCGCACUAGGCAAAAUGAAUCAUGCACAUAUAUAUACAUACAGAUAGAGAGAUAAAAAGACUAUUUAAAGAUUUUUCCUAUUUUUUGAUCUUCCGUGUGAUGUCACCAGAUUGUGUGCACAUCUUAAUCAACUGUGUGGUUAGCAGCAUCAGCAAUUGAACAGCAGGUUUGUGAAAUGAAUCCUGGGGAUUUGAUGAGACCAUUUGUAAAAAAAAGAACUGUGAAUUCUUGGAACUGAAAUUAACGUAUCUCUGCAUCGCGGGAAGUCGGAUGAUUCUGUAGAAACACUGUUGAAUUUUGAUACAAGUAUAACUGCCUCAUGAAAGCAUGUCAGAUUGUGUAGAUUUGCUUAUAAAGGCUGCUCUAUACUAUCUA